AUGGGAAUUGCAGGUUUAUUGCCUAUGCUCAAGCCCCACAUGGAAUAUGUGGAAGUGUCUGAUUUGAAGGGGCUUAAGAUUGGGGUGGAUGGGUACUCUUGGCUGUAUAAAGCCAUUACAGUGCAUGCUGCUGAUAUUUAUCUUAAGCCAAAUGAUCCUGCUGUAAUAAACAAGUACGUAAGUGUCUGUGUUAAAAAGUGCAAGGCACUACUUGCGCACGGGAUAGAGUUGUUUUUUGUGUUUGAUGGGGAGGAGCACCCAAUGAAGAAGAACACAAAUCAGAAGAGGCGUGCACAGAAGGCGGAAGUACAGAAGAAAGUAGAGUACUUCCUUAAAAGAGGAAACUUACGCGAGGCCAAAUCCUUAAUGAGCAGAUGCAUGAAAGUGGAUGUGGAUAUGGUAAAUAAUCUUGCAAUUGCUUUGAAGAAAAUGAACAUUCCGUAUAUGACUGCACCAUAUGAAGCAGAUCCACAACUUGUAUACUUGGAGAGGAACGGACACAUUGACUGUAUCACCACUGAGGAUAGUGACUUAAUUGUGUAUGGAGCUAAUAAAGUACUGUUCAAGCUAAAUGAGCUACAGGGUGGAGAAAUGUUUGACAGAGAAAGAAUCCUUUCCAGAUGCUCCAUCCCCACUAAAUGCUUACUCACACAGCUAAAGGAAAUUGUUUCCUUGUGCGGAUGUGACUACACAAACGGAAUUAGUAAAGUCGGCCUAAUAACCGCGCAUAAACUAAUGAUGAUGCAUAAAACAGUGGAGGGAUGUAUCCAAUACUUAGCACAAAAGCAAAGUGGUGUCAUUGAUCACAUUGACAUCUGCUCAAAAGUAAUAUGUACUUUUAAUAUGCAUGUGGUAAAAGACCCUUCAUGCGGUCAAAGAGUCUACUUAAAAGGUACAUCAGAAAAAGAAGCAGAUGACAUUUCAUUAUUUGAAGAUGUUUCAUUUUUAGGAUUACUUGAGCCAGUGUAAUUCCUGGACUCCUCUACUGAGAA